CCGCCGAUUCCGAUUUAACCAUGCAUCACUAACCCGAAACCAAUAGAGCGACACCAUAACCCAUGAGAUUGAUCCGUGUCGUACGCAUAAAAUAAUCAGUUGGACUAAAAUAGAAGAAAGCAUACAAAUCGGGCCCAUUUUAUAAGCCCAACUUCCAAAGUCUUUGGAGUGCGUGAUGGCGCUUCGCUUCGCGGCAAGGAAAGCUUCAUCGGCGCCGGCGUUUUUAACCAGAUCAGCGGCAGCUGCCAGAAGACAGGCGUCGUCUUCAUCUUCAUCUUCACCUCAAUUUUCUCCCAAAUCCAAAUCCACUAAGAAAGUCUCGGACGAUCGUCUCGCUUCCGUGAUUGACGCCGUCAAUGAUCGCAAACUCCCGCCGGAGCUCCGCGGACAGCGCAACAACGUCAGAUCAGAGACUGAUAUAAUAAAUGUGGUGGAGCAACGAGUGUAUCAUGCCAUGGAAGAGGGUCAAUUCGAAAACUUGCCCGGGAAGGGAAAGCCUCUGGACCUCGAUACUAACCCCCACGCCGACCCUGCUGAAGACACCUUAUACAGGAUUCUUAACAAAAAUGGAUGCGCUCCAGAAUGGGUUGAACUUAACAAAGAGAUAAGAAAUAGCAUUGCUGGCUGGCGCAUAGCGCUCGGGAGAGCGUGGAAGUGUAAGGACGGACUCGAUGAUUCCAAAUGGCUCGAGGCUUCAGAAGCAUUGAAGCUUCAACUCCGUGAUCUAAACAACAAGGUGUUCCGUUACAACCUUAUUGUUCCAUUUGGCCGCCAAAUGUUCGGAUUCAAGUGGGAGAGAGAAAUGGAUCGACUGAAGGAAGAAACUCAGAUUGAGAAUUGAUUUGGUAUUCCUCUUCUCUUCAAUUUUGGGUUGUUUAUGCAUAAUUUAUGUGAUCUCAUAGUUUCAUAAUUUCCCAUGAAAAGGGCUGUUACUUUCUUUGAUGAAAUAGGUAGAUAAGAUAACAUUAUAGAGUAUUCGAACAAUUAGAUGAUUGAAUACAUUCAAAAUUAUUCACGAAAAGCAGCAAUAGUGUGUAUUCGAGGUUA